AUGGACCUGUGCAUGUCCAUCAAGGGAGUGUCCUUCCUCUUGCAGACAGGUUUGGGCGUCCUGGGGAAUGUUCUAGUGCUGGUGGCUUACGCUCACAUCGUGUUCCUCGAACCACACGUGCUUCCUGUGGACGUCAUCCUGUGCCAUCUGGCCUUUACCGACCUGAUGUUACUGCUGACACGUUGUGUCCCCCAGACCAUGACUGUCUUUGGCUUAAGUAACCUCCUGAAUGAUGCUGGCUGCAAGGUGGUCAUCUACUCGUACCGUAUCGCCCGUGCCCUCUCUGUCUGUAUCACCUGCAUGCUCAGCGUCUUCCAGGCUCUCAUGCUGGCCCCAGCUGGGCCUGGCUGGGACAGACUGAAGAUCAGGCUCCCUGGCCUUGUCUUUCCAACAUUUGCUGUCCUCUGGUUCAUCAACAUGGCCGUGUGCAUAGCGGCACCGUUCUUCUCCAUUGCACCCCGAAACGGCACGGUGCCAGCGUUCACGCUCAACCUUGGCUUCUGUUAUGUGGACUUCCGUGAUAGCCUAUCGUAUGUUAUUAAUGGAAUAGCUGUGUCAGUUCGGGACUUUGUGUUUGUUGGGCUCAUGCUCGGCUCCAGUGGUUACAUAUUGCUGGUCCUCCAUCGCCACUCCCGAAAGGCACGCAGUAUACAGCGAAGUCAGGGUGCCGCAGGCAUGGAAACACGUGCGGCAAAGACGGUGAUCACACUCGUGACAUUGUACACGGUAUUCUUUGGCAUAGACAAUGUGAUCUGGAUCUACAUGCUGACAGUGGAACAGGUUCCCCCCGUGGUGGCGGACAUGCGAGUGUGGUUCUCCUCCUGCUAUGCCUCCCUCAGCCCCUUUCUCAUUAUGACAUCCAACAAAAAAGUCAAGAGCCGAAUGAUGUGUGCAACAGGGAUUGAGAAGAAGCAGCAGUCUGUGAACACUCAGGAUUCGAGUGACACAAAAGGCUAACAAGCUGCACUGUUCCUCGUCAUACUUGUUACAUAUGUAUGUCUGUGAGAUGUGCUAUUAAAAUGAUAGAAAAUAUGUAAAUAGAAAUAUAUAUUUAGAAAGUUAUCCUACUUAGAAAAGUUGCUGUUUUCACAUACUCAGGGAAAGUACUCAUCCCUCCAUAUGAUUUAUUAGUUUUGUUGUAUAUAUCACAUUUCCUGCUAUCCACAAUGACGUUAAGAACUGAAAUACAUUUUCCCCUCAGAUGAGUGGUAUAAAACACCUCUAACUGCAUCCUUAAAUAACUGAUCACAGUUUUUACGGAUGUGCAUGAAACAUUUACCUGGGUAUUCAAUAUUUGGAAAAGUCUCACACGGAAAAAACUUCUCUCUCUUGUAUGCACUGUAAUGAGCCAAAGAGUCUGAGUAUCAAGUGAUGAAAUAUGAAGUUUAAAUGAAGGCAAAUCAGACAGGAGGAACAUAAACUCAUAGUUCACAUUCAACAGAUAUUGAAGAUGCCAGACGUUAGAAGCCAUCAAGAGUGAAACAUGGUGAAACACACCUUAAAUUUGCAAAGCUUGUUGG